AUGGUGGUAAAGUAUAACGAACAAACGGUUAUGACGGAAUCGAUUCCGCUAACCAAGACGUUAACGAACUUGGCUUCGUACAAGGAAAUCCAAGGAGCAUACAAGCUGCUAGCCAAAUACAAGUCGGCGAUUGACUUCAUUGAUAAGAGGGCGAGCAAGAUUAUCGUGACAGAUAAUAUGCGCCUAUGGCAGGCCCUCGAGAGAAAUGAAGAACCAAGAAACGACUUAGAGGUAUACGCAGCGCGCAUCCGAGCCUUGUACAAGGCAACCUACCAGCACAUUCCAGGAGGCCAGAACCCGGCCGAUUUUUAUUCGAGGAGACACCGUCUCCUCACUUGA